AUGGCACAGUUAUCAAUUGGUUCCUCGGAGUACAUAGACCCAAUCUCAUCGGUUAUAGAUACAGAUAAUUUCAAUUCUAAAUCAAUUUCAUCAAUUACAUCAAAAUUCCCUUCGUUUUAUUCUAAAAUUACAUCAAAUUGUUCUAUUGCUUUGAAAAUUUAUAAAAAAUUAUUAAAUAUGGAAUAUGAAUUAAAUUCUUGGGAAUUUUUAACUUUGAAAACUUCAAUAAAUAUAAAUUUUAAUCUUGAUCAAAAUUUAAAACAACAAUCAACAAGAAAAUUUGAUAUUAAAAUUGCUAAAGCUGUUAUUGAAAGAUGUGGUAAAAUUGAUGAUGAAAUUUCUAUUCAAGACCGGAACUUAAAUAAUGUUAUUUCAUUUAUAAGUGGGUUAACUAUACAAGAAUAUAUAUCAGAUCCAGGAACAUUAUUAUUAAAAAUUUAUUUUAAAAUUUUAAAUUUAAAAACAAUUAUAAUUGAAAAAAUUAAUAUAUCAUAUACAAAAUCAAAAUUAUUAAUUAUAAGUUUUGAAUUAAAACAAAUUACAGAUAUGAUUAAUGAACAAGAAAAUCCCCUUGUUGGGGUUGAUACUGAUUUCCAAUCAACUUUAGAAGGUUACAAGGAUUUUGUCACUGUAUUAAUUAAUCAAUUAGAUCAAGCUGUCCAAGAUAAAGAUAGUGAACAAAUUCAAGAAUGUUUAAGUAUAUUAAAUGAUGUGGAAAAAAUGUAUGAAACUGUUCGUAUGAAUUUCUUUUACACAGAAGAAUGGAAUCAAUGGGAACAAGAACAAUUAUCAAUAAAACAAGCUGCUGAAGCUGAAGCAGAAGCACAGGCACAAUUAGAAAAAGAAAGAGAAAGACAAUCAAGAUCAAGAUCUCGUUAUUCAAAUUCUCCAUUAGGUUCAUCACCAUUACAAUCUCCAUCACCAUAUUUAUCAAUUGAUGAUGAAAUUUUUGAAGAUGAUUCAAUAUUAAAUUCACCAUCACAACAACAUCAUCAACAACAAUUUCAUAAACAUUUACAUUCACAACAAAAUCAUCAUCAUUCAUUGCAAAGAAGAAGUUCAAUAAGUUCUACAACAUCAUCAAUUGCAACUUUUAAUCGUCAUCCAACAACAAUUAGUGAAGAAUUACCUUAUUUAUUACAAGCAUUUGAUGAAGCUAAACAAUUAGAACAAGAAUUAUCAACUUAUCAAACUCAAUCAUCAAGAAAUAUACCUAAACCACCAACUAAACCAUUUGCAAAUUCAUCAUCAACAAGAUCUUCUUCACCAAAUAGUUCACAACAAUAUUCAUCAUCACCAAAUAAUUCACAUCCGAAUCCAUUAAAUAAUUAUGAUAAAAAAAAAUCAAAUUUACAAACUUAUCAAAUACCAAAUAUUGGGUUUAAUAAUAAUUUACUGAAUAGUAUUUAUGGAUUAAAUCCAAAAUCUUCUUCAUCAACAUCAACAACAAAAUUUAAUUCAAAUUCAAAUUUACAUAAUGAAAUUGAUUGA